AAACUCUUUUACUAUCAUCUAGAUACUUUCCGCCUUUUCUACUACAAUUACACUUUCAGUCAAGAAAACAAGCUCUACAAUCAAACCCCCAAUACCAACACCAACACCCAAUUCCCAAACACAACUUCGCCACAAUCCACGCCAAAAUGUCUUUCAGCAACGCAGAUACCGGCUCCAAAGACGCCGAUCCAUAUAAGGCCAAGAACAUUGAUACUCCUACUUUGAAAGAGAAGGUUGAGGAUCUAAAUGAAUUUAUCGAUGCGUGCAAAUUCGGUAUGAUGACUACGAGAGAUGGAAAGACGGGCGCGUUGGUGAGCAGAUGUAUGGCUGUCGCUGCAAAGGAAAAUGGAGGAACCACUCUUCUCUUCCACACCAAUACCGAGUCUGGAAAGACCGAUGAUUUGGCCACCGAUUCUCACAUCAACAUCUCAUUCUUGAAUUCCUCCGGCGAAUGGGCUUCUGUUUCCGGUCUCUCCACCGUUGAAACCGACCGCGAAACCGUCAAGAAAUACUACUCCCCCGCUCUCAAAGCCUGGCUCGGCGAUCUCGGCGAUGGAACCCACGAUGGUGGUCCCAACGAUCCACGUAUCGGUGUUAUCAAGGUCGAAGCCAAGACGGCUACAUAUGCCGUUGUACGCAAGAGUAUUCUGGCGCGCGGAGCUGAGAUUGCACAGGGAGUUAUUACGGGCAAGGCGGCGAGCGUAAAUAAGUUGAGGGAGAUUAGUGAGAGCGAGAUUCAGACUUGGAGGACUAGCCAGGGAAUGGUUCAAUAG